UCCUCCUCCUACUUGCUCCUCUCCAGCUCCUCCACCUUCUCUCACUUCUGACCACGACAAUGACGGCCGUCUCUUCUGACGUCACCAAGCUCCCGAAGCGCGAGAGUAAUAUGGAUGCUUUGCCUUUGGAUGAUAACAUUAAUCAACUGUUGGAGCACUUUUGUGAUGUCGAUACCAUUAAGGCACUUGAUUUCCCCAUGGAGGACAUUGAUGCCAACGACGAGGAUUGGAGGACUCAACUCCAGCGUCUUGAGCCUUACUAUGAGUCAAGUUUCCAGUACCUUUCAACUUCGUAUGAAGGUACCUCGGGUGUUACUGCUAUAACCAACGCUGGCAGAAGCAGUCUCCAAAGCCAUGAUUGUUUUGAUCAAAAGCACAUGCACCUGAUUCCAACCCAUAGUCCAGUCUCUGUACUAAAAAGCCAGAGUGAAAGCCAAAGUUCUGGCUCGGCUCAACACCUGAGACCCUUGGAGCCUUUCAUCAGCAUCAGAUCCUCUGAACCCAGUUUUGUCAACCCAGUGAAGAAGAAGCGCACACAAUGCAGGCGUGCACGCCCUGCUAAUUUCAGUCACCGGUUCACGUUCCCUUGUGCCUCGCCCAAGUCCUCCAUCUCUGACAAUUUUUAUCGUUUUGAGACCUUUCUGACUGACGAGAUGUUGAAUCCUGAUAAGAGAAGACAAAGGAAAAAGAACCCCUCAUUUCAGGAAACAUGUGAGAUUAGUGAGACCAAAAGUUGCAUGGAACCGGGGGAUAGUCGUGAGACUAAAAGAUGCACACAUUGUGCAGUUACAAAGACCCCACAGUGGAGGGAAGGUCCUCUUGGUCCAAAGACCCUCUGCAACGCAUGUGGGGUUCGUUACAGGUCUGGCCGGCUCUUUCCCGAGUACCGCCCUGCAGCAAGUCCUACGUUCGUUCCAGCAGUGCAUUCAAACUCCCACAAGAAGGUUAUAGAGUUGAGAAGUAAGGGAUGCCAAGGGAGCUAGUGUGAAUAUUUUGAUAUCAGCCCAGUAUAAUCUUGUAGUGUUAGUGUCUUGUUCCUUGUUUGAAAAUUAGAACAGUCGUCUUAGCUUAGACACCUUGGAGACCCUCUCUUUGUCUCUGUUUUUUUCAAUUCUAUUCUAUUAUAAUUUCAUUUAUAAGUUCUUUAUGUACAUUGAUAGAAUAAGAGAUGUUUAGGAUGUAGAACUGAAGAGAAGUCUGUGAUUGAAGGACCUGAAACUUUGGGAUGUUUUCUUUUUUUUAUUAAUGUAUUUUCAGAGCAGAUUUGGUCAAAUUGUAUG